CUAACGCAGUUGUCAUUUUAGCAGGUCGUGCUACAUUAGCUCACUUAGCUGACUCGGGUUGUAAGGAAAUCUUAGAAUGAAGUAUUAAACAUGUAAGUUACUUUAACCCCGAUAGCGAGUUUCUCUAUUUUAUAGCGUUUUAGAGGAGAACAGCCUUUGCUUUUCAAUUACUUUGUUCAGGUCAGAACACACUUCACAUUUUGCAAAAUGAAGAUGUUCUCAGUGGCACACAAGACCGUGUUUGUAGUGGACCACUGCCCCUACAUGGCGGAAUCCAGUCGUCAGCAGGUGGAGUGUGACGUGUUGACAAAGAGCCGAGCUCAAGGCGUUAUUCCUCUGGCCCCUUUGUCCAAGUCCCUGUGGACCUGUGCUGUGGAGUGCUCUAUGGAGUAUUGCCGAAUCCUCUACGAUAUUUACCCAGUGGACAAACUGGUGAAUUACAUUGUCAGUGACUCAGAGUUCCACAUACUGAACAGCUGGAGGCGAGAAAAUCAGAGCACUUAUGAGCUUAUGGCAGCUCUGGCAGCUGUUGGACCACCAAAUCCCCGUGAGGACCCAGAGUGCUGCAGUAUCUUGCAUGGACUAGUCGCUGCUGUGGAGUCGUUAUGCAAGAUCACAGAGUUGCAGCAUGAGAAGCGCACCACUUUAAUGGACACUGCUGAGAGAGUUGCCAAUAGAGGUCGAAUCAUUUGUCUUACGAACGCCAAAAGUGACACUCACGUGCGCAUGUUGGAGGACUGCAUUCAGGAAACCAUUUUGGAGCAAAACAAGCUGGCAGCAUGCUCUGACAGGUUGAUGGCCAUCCAGCAGUGUGAGCUGGUUCUAGUUCACAUCUUCCCACAGGGUGAGGACACGCUGGUGUCUGACCGGCUCAAGAAAGCGAUCUCACCUCUGCUCACCAGUGAAGUUCACAGCGUUCGUGCUGGGCGGCACCUGGCUUCCAAACUCAACAUUUUGGUCCAGCAGCACUUUGAUUUGGCCUCCACCACCAUAACAAACAUCCCCAUGAAGGAGGAGCAGCACGCCAACACGUCUGCUAAUUAUGACGUCGAGCUCCUGCAUCACAGAGACGCUCACCUGGAGUUCUUUAAAAGCGGCGACUUACACAUGGCGGGAACCAGCACUCGAGAAAAUGGGCUCAAAGAGACCAUCACACUGAAAUGGUGCACUCCACGAACCAACAGCAUCGAGCUGCAUUACUGCACGGGAGCUUAUCGCAUCUCCCCCACAGACGUAAACAGUCGUCCCUCAUCGUGUUUGACAAACUUUCUUCUUAACGGUCGUUCGGUGCUUCUGGAGCAGCCAAGGAAGUCUGGGUCAAAGGUCAUCAGUCACAUGCUCAGCAGCCAUGGAGGCGAGAUCUUACUGCAUGUGCUCAACAGCAACCGCUCCACCUUAGAGGACCCGCCCUCCAUCAGCGAAGGCUGCGGAGGCCGAGUGACGGACUACAGAAUCACAGAUUUUGGUGAAUUUAUGAGGGAAAACCGGUUGACUCCAGUUUCAGAGUCCUCCCAUAAUCCCUCAGGGAAGCUCCCAGUCGAGAGGGCCAAAGCUCAGCUGGAACGUCACACCAGAUACUGGCCUAUGAUCAUCUCUCAGACCACCAUCUUCAACAUGCAGGCAGUGGUUCCUCUGGCUAACCUGAUAGUGAAAGAGACCCUCACUGAGGAGGACGUUCUAACCUGCCAGAAAACGAUUUACAACCUGGUCGACAUGGAGAGGAAGAAUGACCCGCUCCCUAUUUCCACUGUAGGAUCAAGAGGCAAAGGCCCCAAGAGGGAUGAACAGUAUCGCAUAAUGUGGAACGAGCUGGAAACGUUGGUGAAAACGCACGCCAGCGCCACCGACAGACACCAGCGAGUUCUAGAGUGCAUCAUCGCCUGCCGCAGCAAACCUCCAGAGGAGGAGGAGAGGAAGAAGAGGGGGAGGAAGAGAGAGGAGAGGGAGGAUAGGUCAGAGAAAAACGGCAGCAAAGAGACGGAAGACAAAAGCUGGCAGGACUCGGAGAGGUCAGUCAGGUUGAAGGGUUUGUUGGAGAAGGAAGAAGCAGUGUCCGAAGUAAUCAAGGACUCCCCGGACUCUCCGGAGCCGCUCAUCAAGAAGCCUCGUCUGGUCGCAGAGGAGGUUCAGCCAACAGAUCGAGCAAAAGGGCCCGUCACGCUCCUUUCCAUGUGGACCAACCGGAUCACUGCAGCCAAUUCCAGGAAGCACCAAGAGUUUUUUGGUCGAGCGAGUUCGGUGAACAGCAGGUUUGAGUUGUACCAGCACCUCAAAGAGGAGAACGGGAUGGAUGUUCAUGAAAAUGGAAAGGCUUCCAGAUGAUUCUGCCGGAUAUAUUGCAUCCCCCUUUUUGCAGAGGAUGAGAUUGAGGACUUCAGUGUUUUUCACGCUCUGGAUUUAUCCUCCUGAAACAGUUGAAGAGGACGCUAAAUUUCAACAGGGAAUUUGUCAUUUUUUACUCUUCAUUUUUGUAGAUAUGGGCUUCGUUUACACAAUAAA